UAUGAAGCUAGAUAUGAAUACGUAUCAAACAUUAUUAAAUCAGGUAUAAAUUAUGCUAACUGUGUUUUUAUUGAUGAAGCUGGGUUCAAUAUAAAUCUUCAUAGAUCAAGUGGAUGGGCUGAAAAAGGUAAAACUCCGGUUGUUGUAACUCCAAGUACCAGAGCAGUAAAUAGAUCUGUUUUGGGUGCUGUUUGUUUUGAUGGUGUGGUCAAGUUAAGUUUAAGAAAACCAAAUGAUACAACUCAAAAUAAGAAAAGAAAAGCCGAUGGACAACCUGGUGCAAAUGUUGCAAAAGGUACAGUAACAGCUCAUUAUAAGCAAUUUUUGGUGGACAUCAUGAAUGUAUUAGAUGAUUACGAGCAGUAUAAGAAUGCUUAUCUUGUUAUGGAUAAUGCUCCAAUUCAUACAAACAUGAGUAUAAAACGAAUAAUUGAAGCUAGAGGUUAUAAGUGCUUAUACCUUCCCCCAUUUUCACCUGAAUUGAACCCUAUUGAACAAUUUUGGUUUUUACUCAAACAACAUAUCAAAAGGGAACCCAUGAGUAAAGAUACCCUUUCACUUAGAAUCAAAGAUGCAUCAAAUUUAAUUCCAGUGCAACAUAUUCAGAAUUCUAUUCAACAUUCAAUCAAUUGUUUUCAAACUUGCUUAGAUAAAAAACCCUUAUAG